AUGCAACAUGUGAAGAUAAUUGCUAAACAAAUCAUUUCCAGGCAUUGUUUCCGGCAGGCUGUUUCUCGGCUUCAAUUAUCCACAGCUGCUUCGCACUCAUCGAUCACCGCCUCUAGCGCAGUGCUGCGUUCAACAUGUCCCACUCCUAUGCGGUUCGCCUACCCAACCAUCACGCAGACACGGUUAAACUCGACGAAUAAAGACGGUCAACGAAUUCCGAUUAGAUAUGUUGAGUCCGUCCAGCCACCCAGGCCGGAUCAAGUCCGCCUGCAGAAACAAGAACGCCCACGUCCGCUUUUGAGCGAAGGCCCUAUACCAAAGACCACUCUGUACGUCGGCAACCUGUUCUUCGACGUGACCGCGGAGGACCUGCGCAAGCACUUUGAGAAAUACGGUGCGGUGGAGAACGCACUGAUUGUGCACGAUGCCCGCGGGCUGAGCAAAGGUUUCGGCUACGUCACAUUCAGCACAGUCGAGGAAGCCACACAAGCAAUCACACAACAACACGGAGGCAUCAUGGAAGGUCGCGAGGUGGUGGUGCAGUUCUCGAACACGACAUACAGAGCCAUGGCCGACACCAAGCCCAGCAAAACCAUCUACAUCGGAAACCUCCCCUACGAAUUGACGGACCAGGAUCUGCAGGACUUACUGGCUGAUCUUCAGGGUGUCACGGAUGUCCGCAUCCCCGUCGACCGUCGCACGGGCCUGCCGCGUGGAUUUGCACACAUCGACUUUAUCGAGCAGAGCAACGCUACCCAUGGCAAGGAGCUUCUCUCCCGUAAGGAACCUUACGGCCGUAAGCUGUCUGUUAGCUUUGCUAGGCGCAAGGUCUUGUCGCCUGAGGACUUCCAGCGUUACCAGCAGAAGAAGCUGGAAAAGAACAAAUCCUCCAGCCAAACCUUGAAUGCUCGCCCUAAGGUCGAAUCACUCUCGAGUGUGAGGAAGGGGUCCGAAAUGCGCGAGGUGCGCGACGUGAAUGAGAUUGGGGAGGUUGGUGAGGUGAAGGAGGCUGAGCAGGUGGUCGAGCAGACUGAGACUGAGAAGAAGCAGUAG